AUGCUAAAUUAUAAUGAAAAAGGUGGAAGUGUAAAAAGAUUGAAGAAGGAAAGGAUCAGUGACAUGAAAAUGAAUAAUCCAUUUUGUGGAUGGCGUCAUCAAAGCCAAAGUAUUGUUGUGGAAAAGAAAGAAGCCGCAUGGCUUACUGUUGGAAGUCCUGCUGUGAUUGCUUGA